CCUGGUUAUCACUAAUGGGCUUUUGAUUUCAAAAUAUAUGAUUGCUUUUCAAAUAUUCCAAAAAAGUGAUCCGCUGACCUAUCCAUCGCACUCCUUCCCCUUCCUUAGCCGCAACAUACCUCCAUCGCUGCAGAGGGCCUUCACCAUCAUUGCAGAGAGCCCCCACCAUCGCGCCUCCGCCAUCGCGCCUCCAUCUCCGAUGUUCCAGUCCUGCUCCUUGCUCUCUCUUUGUCGCGCGAACGAAGCUCUUCCUCCUCACGUCAUCGUUUCCGGCCGUCCCCGUCUUUCUACACCACGCCGAUCUGCUUUCUCUUCUCUUUCUGUUCAGAUGUAAGGAGGUUAGGCUUAAUUGCGGCGACCACAUUCCAGAUCUGGUUUGGAUGACUGGGAUUUCUAGCUAGGGUUGGCCGGUGGUUGACCGGUAGGCCGGCGGUGGACGUUGGGGUGUGGUUAUUGCGGCAGCGAGGCUGGGGUGUGGUUAUUGCGGCGGCGAGGCUGGGGUGGUGGCAGUGGAGGCGGAGGGUGAGUCUGGGGUGAAACCGGCAGGGGGUCAGGCAGGGGGCUAAGGUGAGACUGGGUCGGGCAGGGGGCUGGUCGGUUGGGGUUAGAAAGGAGGUCGGGCAGAGGGAUGAUAUGAGGCAGGAGCUAUGGUGACACAGGGGAGAGGCUAGGUGAGGCAGGAGGCUGGGGUAUGGUGGUCGUCGGCGGUGGCCGGAGUUGGUGGACGCCGGAGGUGGUGGUUGCCAAUGGUGGACAGGGCCAGGACUUUGGUUGGGUUGCGGUGACUUGCCAAUGAAAGGGGCAGACGGUGGCAGUGACUUGCCGGGGGAGGGGGCGGAGUGACUGGCCGGGGGUGGCAGCAGUCACUGUCAGGGCAGAGUCACUGGUGGCAGAUUGUGGCGACGGCAGACACUUGUGGUGAUUGGUGAGCGGGAAGCCUCUUUCGCUGGUGAGCAGGUUGUCAUCAUAACCGGAGUCACUGUGGCCGCCGAGCGGCAGUCAAUAUGGGUUGUACACGGAGUCACUGUGACCGGAGUCACUUUGACCGGAGUCACUGAGGUAGUGACUGGCGGCGGCGGCGGCGAUGCCAGCGGUGAGGGUGCCGGCGGGGCAGUCACUGUGGUCGGUGGGGUCACUUUGGCCGGAGUCACUUUGCCCGUAGUCACUAUGCACUACAGGGUUAAUUGUAAUUUUGGUCACAUUUUUUGAAUUUUAAAAAAAAGAUCACUUUUUUUUAUCUUUUAUCCUAUUUUUAGUAAUAUUGGAAUAAAAAGGCCAUUAAAAGUGCAAGUUCCCAAUUUGGAGUAUGAGUUAAUGACUUAAUUCGGAUAUAGCCAUAUAGGCCCAUUAUUU